CCGUUUUAAUAUUAUAUGAUAAAUAUAGUCCUGUCGGGUAUGAAGCACCAUGAAAAGAGUGUGAUUUAUAAAUUUCUAAGCCCUUGGUUAGGCGAUGGAUUACUGGUAAGCGCAGGUGAAAAAUGGCAACAUCGCAGAAAAAUUCUUACACCAGCUUUUCACUUCAACAUUUUACGACAAUUUUCGGUCAUUUUAGAAGAGAACAGUCAGCGAUUGGUUGAGAUUAGAGAGACUGUGGGACAGCCCAUAGAUGUGACACCCAUUCUUUCGGAAUUUACUCUCAAUUCCAUAUGCGAAACUGCAAUGGGGACCCAAUUAAACAAAGAGACAACGGGCGCUGGCAAAGCAUACAAAGAUGCAAUUUAUGAACUGGGACAGAUAUUGGUACAAAGAUUCAUAAGUUUUCAUCUUUAUAGUGACAUCAUAUUCUUUAGUACCUCAUUGGGCCGGAAAUUGAAAAAGCAUUUGAAUGCACUUCAUAGAUUCACAGAACGUGUUAUUAGUGAUAGAAAAGAUUAUCUAGAUUAUUUCGGUCUCAAUUUUGGGGAUGAAAUUGUUGAUGAUGAUAAAUUUAUUUACAAGAAAAGGAAGAAAACAGCCAUGCUUGAUUUACUAAUAGCAGCUGAAAGAGAUGGGGAAAUCGAUAGCCAGGGGAUCCAAGAAGAGGUCGACACGUUUAUGUUUGAAGGUCACGACACUACUGCUUCUGGGUUGACGUUUUGUUUCAUGCUUCUUGCGAAUAACAAACAUAUACAGGAUAAAAUAGUAGCCGAGUUAGACGACAUCUUCGGCGACUCGAUGCGACCUGCCAACAUGGAGGAUUUUGCCAAGAUGCGUUACUUGGAAUGUUGCAUUAAAGAGUCCCUACGACUCUAUCCGCCGGUACACUUCAUUAGCCGCAACAUCAAUGAACCAGUCAAAUUGAAUAACUACGAAGUGCCAGGGGGCACAUCGUGCUUUGUAUUUAUUUAUGACUUGCACCGUCGCAGCGAUCUGUUCAAAAACCCGUCGGUUUUUGAUCCCGAUCGCUUCUUACCCGAGAACAGCGUUGGGCGUCAUCCCUACUCCUACAUUCCCUUCAGUGCUGGUCCCAGGAACUGUAUAGGUCAAAAGUUUGCAAUAAUGGAGAUGAAAUCCGCAGUAUCUGAAGUGCUGCGAAAAUACGAACUACGCCCAGUAACAAGACCAUCGGAUAUAGAGUUCAUAGCAGACAUCGUACUAAGAAAUUCAGGCCCUGUGGAGGUUACUUUUGUCAAAAGGCAAAAGUUCGUUAGGACGUGUAAAGCGCUGCGGAACAGACAGUGUUCAGACAGUAGUGCGUACACAAUGUAUUUAAUGAUAAUAUUGUCCUUUACGAUAUUUUUGUGUGUAAUACAUUUGAUAUGUAAUUAUAAUGGAAAAGCCAGAGAACUAAAAAAAAUUCCAGGACCGCCAGACCGUUUCAUAAUAGGAAAUUUACCUGAAGUUUUAGUUUCUGCAGUUGAUUUGAUGAAAUUGGCAAGAAAAUAUGCAGAAACAUUUAACGGUAUAUACAGGUUCUGGGUUUUUCCUUUUUCAUUUGUCAAUAUAUAUAACCCUCAGGAUAUAGAGAUAUUACUGUCAGGUAUGAAGUAUCAUGGAAAGAGUGAGGUUUACAAAUUUUUGAAACCGUGGCUUGGCGAAGGAUUAUUAAUAAGUCGAGGUGACAAAUGGAUGAAACGUCGAAAGAUUCUAACACCUGCAUUUCACUUCAACGUUUUGCGAAAGUUUUGUGGUACUGUACAAGAGAACAGUCAGCGAUUGGUGGAAACACUGGAAAAAGCCGCAGGAGAAACUAUUAACGUGGUGCAUGUCAUCUCCGAAUUUACACUCAACUCUAUUUGUGAAACGGCUAUGGGCACCCAAUUAAACGCAGAAACGACAGACGCUGGAAAAGCUUAUAAAGACGCCAUAUACGAACUUGGACAUUCACUAUACAAAAGAUUUAUAACAAUAUAUAUGUAUUAUGAUUUUAUAUUUGCUAAAACGAUUGAGGGACGAUCAUUUUAUAAGCAUUUAAAAGCGCUACACAGUUUCACACAACGUGUUAUUGUUGAUAGAAAAAAGUAUGUAGAACAGCAUGGAAAUACAUUUAAUGAAAAUCAAGUUGAUAAAACAACCAUGUUAGACAUGCUUAUAGCAGCAGAAAAAGAUGGCCGUAUUGACAGCAAAGGUAUUCAAGAAGAAGUUGACACGUUCAUGUUUGAGGGUCAUGACACUACUGCCGCAGGAUUAUCGUUUUGUUUAAUGUUGCUGGCGAACCACAGUGACAUACAGGAUAAAAUAGUAGCAGAAUUAAAAGAAAUAUUUGGCGAUUCAACUCGUCCUGCUAACAUGGAAGAUUUUUCCAAGAUGCGAUAUUUAGAAUGCUGUAUCAAAGAAUCUCUACGACUCUAUCCACCGGUACAUUUCAUCAGUCGCGAUAUUCACGAAUCCGUUAAAUUGAGUAACUAUACAGUUCCAGCGGGAACGAUAUGUCAUAUUUUUAUUUAUGACUUGCACCGCCGCAGUGAUUUGUAUGAGAAUCCCUCGGUUUUCAAUCCCGAUCGCUUUUUGCCCGAGAAUAGUGUCGGUCGUCAUCCUUACGCUUAUAUACCUUUCAGUGCGGGACCUAGGAACUGUAUAGGUCAAAAAUUUGCAAUGAUGGAAAUGAAAUCAUCAAUUUCAGAGAUAUUACGAAAGUUCGAAUUACAGCCAGUAACUACACCAUCAGAUAUAGAGAUUACAGCUGAUUUAAUAUUGAGAAACGCGAAACCUAUUGAAGUUAGGUUUGUGAAGAGGCUAAAUUAGUUAUAUCAAGAUUCAAGGUCUAGAAACUACGUAUUUUAUUUUAUAAUAAAAUAAGACAUUAUUAUUUUGUGUCAUAUAAGUACACCAAUUGCUUUUAUA